UUAUCGAAGAAUCGGGAAACUCUUUUUAUUAAAAUAAUCGAUUUGUAUCAAAAUCAGAAUUUGUAAAAAUCGAUCUGGACGAUCGAUUCGGAAUCAAAUAUUCCUAUCGACAAGUAAACCUACUCGGCUAUUUGGAUCGAAUAAAUGCUACAGUAUUUCUUCGUGUGCUCACAUAGCAUGAUAAAAAAUAGUUAUAUAAAACCAAGAGAUACGUUUGUUACGAUUAUAUAGUGAAAUUUUGUAUUUUGUUUUAUCACGACGUUUCAUAUCAUUAUUAUCACGAUGGUUACAAUAAUGUCAUUGUCUAACGAAGUGAUUAAUAUUAUUCUGGAGAAUGUCAGCAUCAAGGACAUCGAGAACUUUAGUUCUACGUGCAAGAAAUUUAGACAAACAUCAUGGGGCAAUAAAUUUUGGAUGAAAAAGCUCUAUCAGAAUUGGCCUUCUAUAAGAAAAUUUUAUGAUAGGAUGCCGAGCGAAAAUCUUGAAAAAUUAGAUUUUAAAGAAGAAGUAAAAGCAGUCGCAAAAUAUACAAAAGAAAUUUGGAGUUCGAUAUCUCAGAUAUCCAUGGAUAAUUUAGGCGAUUUACUUAUUAUUGACAAGAAAAAAUUGAUUUUAAACUUCCUUUACAGAAACCGGCAGCCUAAGAAUUUUUAUAUUGUUAUAGAUGAGCUUAGAAGAAUAAUUUUGCAAAGUCCAUGGAUAUCUGGUUGCGAUUUGACGCAGAGAUAUUAUAGCUGUCAUAUUCUUCGACAAAUAAAGUAUUAUCAUACCAAGCACAAAUUGCUAAAAUUUAGAAAUAGAAACCAAUUUCAUAAAGUUUUGGAAAAGAUGGUUACUCUUCUGGUGCUAUGGUUCAAUAUUGACAAUGAUAUCUCUUACACACACGUCGUAAAACCGUCAUUGGAUUAUGUUGCAGAAAAUGUGUUGCAAAUUCUUAGAGAAGAAUAUCCUUCGCAUCCUAUAUUUACGAUAUUUAGUGUAUUUCAAAAUUAUUGGAAAAGCCAUAAUGUCUUUUACACUUAUUGGGACUACAAAGAAAUAUUGGCGAUUUUGAUUAUACUCGAAAGAAUUGUAUUCUCUCCAACGAAUUUCCACAAAUUAAAUCAAAUAUGGAGAAAAUCAAAUGGAAAUGUGUCUGAAAUUGUUGUUUCAGAAGGCACCCAAUGUAUAUUUUUCCUAACAAUAUAUCACAGUGUAAUGCGAAGACUCGGCAUACACUCCACUAUAGCUACAAGCAAUAUACUUCAAAUUUUUCUGAAAUCCACAGAUGUUACAAAACGUCCAGAAUAUUUUUGUGUGGAAUGGAGAAAUGGUCAAUUCUACGUGGAGAACACUAUCCGAGGGGGUGAUUAUGACAGAAAUAUGUUAGUUGAUCAUAUAUUAUUAACAAAAAAUAAUCACUAUAGUGUGUUAAAGGUAGUACCAUUAUUAAUUGACUUUUUGAAACUUGAGUCAAACUUAAAGAAAAAAGAACAGGUAAUGCUGCAGCAGAUAAUGGAAAGGGAAGAGGAAGAGAUCACAGACUUAGUAAUGUGGGAAUCUAACGUGAAUAUAAAAAAGAGCCAACCAGAAAAAAGAUCGGCAAGACUAAAAUUUAUUAUUGGAAUGGUCGUAAACCAUGCAUAUAAUAACUAUAGUAGGAUUCAUUUUGGGGUUAUAGUUGGUUGGCACAAUUAUUUCAAUCUCGAUUCAGUAUCUGGCAUUGAAUUUAAUAUCUUACCGGAUAAUUAUUCAAAUAUAUCAUGCGGAAAUGUUGUAAAUUGUACAGAUUAUAUGUGUUUGAUGCAUAAACCAUACUACAUAAUUUUAUGUAACAAUAACGAAUACUGUUAUGUACCACAAGAAAGUAUAUCGAUGUGUUCUUCAACAAAAUGGAUCCAUCAUGACGAAAUAGGACGAUAUUUUUCUAAAUACAAAUAUACUUAUUAUGUACCAAAUAAAAUGUUAGCAAGGGAUUAUCCAUAUGACGCCGCUAUAAUUAAUGAAAUAAUGCGUAAUCAAUAGUUUAUGUUACAAAAGAUUUAGGAUAUAUACACGAAUACUUCAAACAUUUUUAUACAGAAAUUACAAAUAUUAUAAUAUGAUAAGAAUAUUCUACAUAGAAAUGUUUAUAUUGCUUUUAUAUACAAAUACUCUUUUUAUUUUUCUUAUUUUAAUUCAACUUUUCUUAUUUUCUCCUAUUUGGACGUGUAUAUUAAGAUAGAUAAAAAUUAAUUUAAUUUUAAUGUUUAUUAUAUAAAAUAAGGUCACAUUUCUCAUCUUCUUUUAAUAACAUUGACUCGUAAAUAGGAAACUUUAUAAAUAUUGUACGAUAUCAGAUUUUAUAAGACAAGUACAGAAAUGUGCAAAGUGUUGAUGAAUUGGAGAGUCUUGCAUUUGAUUGAAAAAUAAAGAAAAAAAAGUUUUAUAAAGA